AUGUUCUCGUACAUCAACGACCCAGCGCAGAACCGCGACGCUCUCGUCGCUCGAAGCCGCGAGACGUUGAGGGAGCUGGGCAAGCACGACGACCACGUGGCGCUGCAUCUGCCCUUCUCUCCUGCCCCCAGCGGCUCUAAUGACGCCCUGCCAGUUCGCUCGACGCGGCUGCCGUCGGGGCUCGAGACGCUGCAGAAGACGGCGGUGCUGGAGAUCCACAACCCGUCGGCGCGCAAUGCGCUGAGCGGGAAGAUGAUGGCGCAAUUUGCCGACAUCGUGACGCUGCUGGAGGACCCGGACGUGCACCGCAAGCUGAACGCAGUGGUGGUGAGAGGGACCGGCGGCUGGUUCUGUGCCGGGGCGGACCUGCGCGUGGCUCGGCAGGAGCUCAACUCGAGAGAGGCGGGGGCGGCCAUGGGGGCGCUGAUGGUGGACACCCUGACGAGAUUUCGACGGUUGCCGCUCGUGAGUGUCGCGGCCAUUGAAGGCGGCGCGUAUGGAGGUGGAGCGGAGCUGGCGACGGCCUGCGACUUCAGGAUCAUCGAGAACAACGCAGUCAUUCAGUUCGUGCAGUCUCGCAUGGGCGUCGUGCCGGGGUGGGGUGGCGGAGCUAGACUGUACAAGAUCGUCGGGAGGCAGCAGGCACUCCGGUUGUUGUGUACCGCAGAGAAACUUUCACCUCAACGUGCGAUGCAACUGCAGCUUGUGGACGAUAUUUUCAAUGCUUCGAACCAAGAAGAGGCUGACACUGCGAUCGCCGCGUUUGUCGCGCCAUUCGACGUUAUUGCACCAGCGGUCUCGCACGGAGCGAAGCGUGUGGUCAACAACGCAGAUGAUGUGAGCUUGGAUGAAGUCCUCGAGUACGAGCAUGAUGUCUUCACGACGUUGUGGGGAGGCCCGGCAAAUCUGGAGGCUCUGAAGAAAGCCUUGAACAAGAAGACAUGA